CUGCCUCACGUGAUUGCGCCUGGGGAGAAAACGCCUGACUCCAGCUCCUGGCCUUCACCGUACAACCUGCGUUUCCUGCGGCCUCUCGCCCUUCAGCCACCUGCGCGUGGGAACACACGGUCCCCAGGGCCUCCCGCCCGGAGCCCUAGUCCGCCAUGUGGCUGCUGCCUCAGGCCCCAGGUGGGCCCCGGCUUCACCAGCUCUCCUGCAGCCUAGCGCCGCUGCUGCUUCUGCUGGGCUGCUGCCUGGGGGUCUCUCGGGUGGCGGCGGGCUCUCGGAGGCCCAACGUGGUGCUGAUCCUCACAGACGACCAGGACGAAGUGCUCGGCGGCAUGACACCGCUAAAGAAAACCAAGGCUCUCAUUGGAGAGAUGGGGAUGACUUUCUCCAGUGCUUAUGUGCCAAGUGCUCUUUGCUGCCCGAGCCGUGCCAGUAUCCUGACGGGGAAGUACCCACAUAAUCAUCACGUUGUUAACAACACUUUGGAGGGAAACUGCAGUAGCAGGUCUUGGCAGAAGAUCCAAGAACCAAAUACUUUCCCAGCAAUUCUCAGAUCAAUGUGUGGUUAUCAAACCUUUUUUGCAGGGAAAUACUUAAAUGAGUACGGAGCCCCAGAUGCCGGUGGAUUGGAACACGUCCCCCUGGGAUGGAGUUACUGGUAUGCCUUGGAAAAGAAUUCUAAGUACUAUAAUUAUACCCUCUCUAUCAAUGGGAAGGCACGAAAGCAUGGUGAAAACUACAGUAUGGACUACCUGACAGAUGUUUUGGCUAAUGUCUCCUUGGACUUCCUGGAUUACAAGUCCAACUUUGAACCAUUCUUCAUGAUGAUCUCCACUCCAGCACCUCACUCGCCUUGGACAGCCGCACCUCAGUACCAGCAGACCUUCCAGAACGUCUUUGCACCGAGGAACAAGAACUUCAACAUCCAUGGAACGAACAAGCACUGGUUAAUUAGGCAAGCCAAGACCCCAAUGACUAAUUCUUCAAUACAGUUCUUAGAUAAUGCAUUUAGAAAAAGGUGGCAAACUCUACUCUCAGUUGAUGACCUUGUGGAGAAACUGGUCAAGAGAUUGGAGUUCAAUGGGGAGCUCAACAACACUUAUAUCUUUUAUACCUCUGAUAAUGGCUAUCACACAGGACAAUUUUCUUUGCCGAUAGACAAAAGGCAGCUGUACGAGUUUGAUAUCAAAGUUCCACUGUUGGUUCGAGGGCCUGGGAUCAAACCGAAUCAGACAAGCAAGAUGCUUGUUGCCAACAUCGACUUGGGUCCUACUAUUUUGGACAUUGCUGGCUAUGACCUGAAUAAGACACAGAUGGAUGGGAUGUCUUUAUUGCCCAUUUUGAGAGGUGCCAGUAAUGUGACUUGGCGAUCGGAUGUCCUGGUGGAAUAUCAAGGAGAAGGUCGUAAUGUCACCGACCCAACGUGCCCUUCCCUGAGCCCUGGAGUAUCUCAAUGUUUCCCGGACUGCGUGUGUGAAGAUGCUUACAACAACACCUACGCCUGCGUGAGGACCCUGUCGGCACGGUGGGACCUGCAGUACUGCGAGUUCGAUGACCAGGAGGUGUUCGUAGAAGUCUAUAACCUGACCGCAGACCCACACCAAAUCACCAACAUUGCUAAGAGUAUAGACCCAGAGCUCUUGGGAAAGAUGAACUACCGGCUAAUGAUGUUGCAGUCCUGUUCCGGACCUACCUGUCGCACUCCAGGGGUUUUUGACCCCGGAUACCGGUUUGACCCUCGUCUCAUGUUCAACAAUUACAGUGGUGGCAGGACUCGAAGGUUUUCAAAACAUCUUCUGUAGCGACCUCUGCAGCUGGGUCCCUGCACGCCUCUUUCUGAUGAAGUGAUUGUAGUAGGUGUCUGUAGCUAGUCUUCAAGACCAAACCACACCUGGAAGCGUUUCUGGACUGACUUUACGUCAUUUUAAAAAGCAACCCAGUCAGCUGACCAACUUGUGCAAUGUGUUAAACUGUGAACUCUGUCCUCAUGUCAGGAGCGGCUGUCCCUGGUCCCUCAUUCAGCUCAUCCCAUUGCUCCUGAGGUCUUUGCUCCCACCAUCCCCCUUCUGUCCCGGGGCUGCAGUUCUUGGUCACUCCCCGUGCAGUCCGCGUCUGAAUUUAUAAACUCAUUCAGAUAAAUGGCAGUGCUUUAGGGGGGAAUGCUUUUGAUCUACAGCUUGAACUGAAAUCAAAGGACCUGUACAGCAUUUCAGAUUGAGCACUUCACUAUCAAAAAAUACUAAUGUCACAGGGCUUGAAGAGUAACUAUUACAGCUAAAUCAUCUGAUCAAGAACAAGUACCAUUGUUUUUAGAAUAGCAGAAAUGUAUCGUUUAUAAUAUCCAUCACGGUGUGAUGCAAUAAGGGCGCAAAUUCAAAUCCCAUCAACCACACGCUGUUCAUUUUGGGGGAAUUCUGGGCUGGCACUGCACUGAAAUAGAAGCAGGCUUUGGUACAGGCUGAUUCCAAGUGGUUAUUGACAGGGAGAGCCGUCUGUGUUCCAGUGGCUGCUACUCACAUGGAACGUCAGUUAACUUCUACUGGUGGUGUUGAGGGCAUGUCUCUCCUCUUGCUGCUUUUCCCUCUGAGUGCUGAAAAAUAAAGUGACUUAGGUAAACGCAGCAGAGGAGAACUUCCGAGCGUUGGUGAAGCUUGUGUUUCGGAGGGCCUUCUACAGGUAGGCCCCCCCACCGGCUGGCAGGUCA